UAUAUGCGUCUCGACCUAUCUAUCUGCUUUUCUCUCUAUCUAUUUCCGUAUCUCUAUAUUUUUCUACGCAUUUAUGUUUUCCUAUUUGUCUUAUCAGUUUAUCUAUGUAGCACUCACUCUCUCUCUCCCUAUCUCUGUUUUCCUUUCGUUUUUUUCUCUCUCCUGAUCACACUCGUGCCCGUAUGUUAACGUAAUGGCUUCAUAUCAGCCUCAUUUGGCUCGGUCGACUCUGAAAUUGCCUCGAUGUCACUAGGAGUGAUUACAUACUUAAGAGGCACACUGGCAACCUGUCAGCGAAGGCCAGAUGUAGUAUCACGUCAAGUGAGCGUUUGGCCGUUCGAAGCAAUGGUCCAAGACGACGCAACAGACGCACUGACCGAGGGGGAGGUUAAACCAAGUGCAAUAACCGGAGAGGAAGCAACAGAUGCAACGGCCGAGAAGAACGCAGAGAGAAAUGCUCAGGCCGAAAAGAACAUGAAAGUAGCAGCAAUAUUUACUGAGACGUACGAACCGACAGCGGCCGACCCCGUGUCGCGAGUGAGGGCGCGGGAGAAGAGCGGAGUCGAGGGCGCCUCCUCCUUCGGGUACGCGACCUUUGCUGCGGGGGAGAGGUUCGAGUCUCUGAACGCCCGGCGGAAGGCGCAUUUGCUGGACAGAUGCCACGCGCUGGAGCAGGCCCAGAGGAUGCCUCUCGCGAGAGUGAAUAAGAUUGUGAAAAUAAAACCGGCCCUACAGGUUUGCGUGUCGCCGAAGAGUGGCUCGUCGUCGUGGCGGAAACUCAAGAAGAAGCUGCGGGCGAGGAGGAUGGUGUCGCGACGCCCCCUGACCGCCCUGAGCGUCCGGCAUCCGCUGGCUCGUCUCAAGUCGGCCUACAGAGACAAGUUCCUCGACGGCAACCCCGUCUCCAAGUACGACUCAGCCUGGAGAGCGAAAACGCAGAGCAACCAGAGCUGGAAGUACCGCUGGGAGGCUUACUGGCUGCCUGCGCUGAUCUCCCGGGGCGACAUCCAGCCCUCGCCGUGGCUCAGGGACCGCCGGAAGAAGAUGCUGACAGUCUCCAACCCUUGCAUGCAGACGCUGUUCUCAAUCCACGGCAUUGCCAACAAAAUGGGCCAGGAGUACCGGUCUCAAAUGGGCACCUACGUUAAGCGCUUCAUGAAAGCCUCCUUCAGCUUCGAGGACUUUCUGCGUCACAUUUUGUGGUGUCGAGACCACGGGAUCCUGGAUCACCACUGGGCGCCCCAGUCCUGCCUGUGUAACGUGUGCAAGAAACAGUAUGAUUUUAUCCUGCACACGGAGAGCGUCACGCAAGAGUCGAAGCAUGCACUUGCCGCCGCUGGAAUUACACCAAACCUAUAUAUCAACACUCAGCAUAGUACCAAAUCAGUCAUCAAGGAUUCUGGAGCCUCCUAUUUUGACAGAGUUAACAAUGAUACAUUGUGGGAAAUACUUCAGCUUUACAAGAAUGACUUAGACCUUUUCGGCUAUGAGCUCUGAUUCCGGCAUGAUUUGUUUUAUAAUUUGAUAUAUUAAAGGCUUUGCACUUAAAA